AUGCCUACCGUUACUCUCGAAACACAACGAUCGAUCGCUUCCUUGGUUUCGUCAUCGCUCGCAGCUUGUCUUACUUUACCCUUCGCCACCACAUCCCUUGGAAAGAUCGACGCCAUCCAGAUCCCCACCAGGACACCAGGCGACGGAGAUAUCCUCAUCAAGACUUCAGCAGUAGCCAUAUCGCUCUUCGAUACCUACCCGGUCGACCGAGCGUUUUUGGUAAAUGCGUACCCAUACAUCCUAGGCUUCAAUGGUGCUGGAACUGUUGUGAAAGUUGGGACGGGUGUGCACGACUUUAAAUUGGGAGAUAGAGUAGUCGCCCUUACGAUGGAUCCAGUUAAGGGCAAAUCUUCGCAAGAGUACAUCACCGUAUCUCGAACCCUCUGCGCCAAGAUCCCAGACUCCCUUCCAUUCCCAGAAGCAGCCACGAUCCCAGACAACUUUGUAACAGCCUUCUACGUCCUCUUCUCCCAACUCGGCCUUCCCAAUCCCUCUUCAUUCCCCGCACCCACCAUCCCGCUCUACUCAAACACCCCCAUUCUCGUAUACGGCGCCGGCUCUACCGUAGGCCAAUACGUCAUCCAGCUUUUACAACUCGCUGGGUACACAAAUGUCAUCGCCACGGCAUCCGCGAAGCACCAUGCGUACCUCCGCUCUCUCGGGGCGACGCACACAUUCGAUUACAACAGUCCCUCUCUUGUAGAGGACGUGACGAAGGCAGCUGGAGGCAAGGUCACGCUGGCUGUUGACUGUGUCUCUGUCAAAGAGUCUUUGGCGAUCCUAGGCAAAAUGGUAUCGGCACCUGGCACCGUGGCAUUACUGCUCCCCAUUAAGGAGGGGAGCACAAUCACGGGGAACGUUGAGGAGAAGCUUUACAUGAAAUUGCCGGAUGAUAUCAACCCUUUCUCAAAGGAUAUUGAGGUUUUUGAGAUUAAGACAUUCUUGUAUCAAGAGGACGAAGUGUUGAGAGAGAACCUGAUGCCGAAGAUCCUUUCCGAGUUGUUGGCAGCUGGGCUCAUCAAACCUAACAAGGUGCGGCUGUUCGACCAGGGGUCUAUUAGGGAACGAGUGGAGGCUGCACUGGACCAGUUGCGACACAAUACGAUCAAGGGGGAGAAGGCAGUUGUCGUUUUUGAAACCUAA